ACUGCACGGUAAUACGGCACAAACCCUACCUACAUCUACCGCAUCGAAUAGAUACGGGGAAGCUCACAACUCGCAAGAUCGCAAGGGCUUAUGAAUGAAAGGAAAGUUCAAUGGGAAUCUUUUCCUGUUUUUUACAACAACAACAACAACCACAACGACAGCGACGAACAACCGAGCGAACCAACGAACGUCUCGCAUUAAGCGUGUUGCAGCAGUUCAGCAGGGCUAGGUAUUACGCUUCGAAUUCACAAUCUCUCGUCGAAGCGAAGUUCCGUUGCCUCCCUUCGUCGACUUCGCGAGCUUUAACCAACUCGACUCGACUCUCAGCCAGCCCGAUCCCCAUCAAGUUUCAUCAGUCUUUAGUUACCAAACCAGUCAGUCGCACAGUCUCACAGUCACCGCAGUCGGGCUUUAGUGCGAACGUUUCGUAGGUUUCGUUGGAUAGUCGCUGGCAGUUACCACACAGAGACGAACAAUAUCAAUCUACGACUUUGGUGUGGUUUUGGAUUUCUUGGCGUUUUCGAGGUGGAAUAAUAAAAGUUUUACCAACAAUUGUUGCCUUAUUCGGUCGGUCGGUUGUGUGUGCUGUUGUUGGGUAACGAAAACGACAACGUCGACGACGACGAAAGUACCUAAACGCGUGUGGAUGCCUUUUAAACGUUAACUGGCAAGAUUGUGCGGGGUGAAAACAGUUGACAGAGAAGUGCGGGGAAUGCUGGUUGCGCGUUUUGGCUUUGUGGAAUGUCGAAAUUGGUGAUUCAUAGCUUGCUGCCAUCGACCGUCGCAGCAGGCCCAGAAGACGUGAAACAGUGAGGAAUUUGUGCGAGGUGUGAAUCAGCUUAAUCUCACCUGCCUGCUUCGAUCGAGAAGAUCUCGUAAACCUGGAACGAAUGUGAGCAGAUUGAUAAAAUCUUUCUAGUGUAAAGUCGUAACGCAGCAGCAGACGAGAAUGCAGAAGAGCGCGCUAAAAUGUGAAAGCCCUGAAGAAGGCCAUGCCAUCAUGAAGCAGGCAGCAUAAAACGUGGAAUGCUUUUCACAGUGUAAAUAAAGCGGUCGAAGAACCUGCCCCAGUCCCCGAGUGACUGAAGGAAGCGAGUCAAGUGCCACGACAAUCAACCUCAAGAAGAAGUUUCACUGUUGUUGUAUGUUGUGGGCUGUGGUGCAUCAAGAUAAUGAUGAUGAUGGUGAUGAUGAGAGGGGAAGAAAAUAAUAUGGAAAGGUGAUCAAAAAGCGCGCAUGGAAGAAGGUUGUGCAGAGAGCUAAAAAUACUACACAAGCCAGCAACGGUCGCGGUCGGUCGGUUGGUCGGUUCGGCCAGUUCGGGUCCGAAAGUGCAUUUAAAAGUUGUGUGUGUGUUUUGUUGUUUUUAGUUGAAAAUUCCAAUUUUGUGCCUCACCACACUGGUUCGAAGAAUGAGAGUGUUGUAUGGGCGAAGAGGGUAGAAGCAUCUGUGUGCCAUUGGAUGCAAGGUUUCUGUGCGUUCCAAACCGUCGAAUCAACACACAAAAAAGAAGCGGAAAGCAACGUGCGAUGGUGGUGUGUCCGCGUCGGGGAAGAAGUGACCAAACAAGUUGUGGUGGCCACAACGAGUGAGUGGAAACUGUCGUUGAAGGUAGUAGCAACGUUUCAAUGACAGAGAAAAGUGAAAUUAAAAAGCCGAAGAUGAAUGAUUCAAUGAUGCCGAAUGGCGGUGGGGGAAGUGGUUCUGCUGGAGUAGCUGCAGGUGGACCAGCAGGCUCCAGUACGAUCAGUGCGAAAUCCGAAACCGGUAAAGAUUUGUCGAAAGUGGGCGUCAAUAGUAGCAAUAUGAACGGCGGCGGCAGUGUGGGGACUGGCCCAGGGGCCACUACCGGAAGAGCAAGUGAUAACGGUUCCGAUACGAUGGGCUCGGAAGCGUCGACAGCGCUGAUGAUGAUGCAUCCACCUCCCGGAGGCGGAGGCGGACCACCUCACAGCCAUCAUCAUCUCCAUCACAUGCAUCACCACCAUGGCCACGGCCAUCACCAGCAGCAGCAGCAACAGCAACAAUUAGGUGGUGUUCCCAUCGGGAUGAGCAAUGGUAGUGGUAGUGUUGGUGGAGGGUUUUACGAUCAAAAGUCGGAUAUUUCGUCGACGGCGCAGAUCGAAGAAGAUGAUGGACUAGGGCCAUUGCCGCCCAAGUGGGAGAAGGCGUAUACUGAUAGUGGAGAGGUGUAUUUUAUCGACUCAUCCUGGUCAGUGGCGCAAACAGAUCCGCAUUGUGUCACUAUCAACUGGCCUCACAACACUGGCACCUCCCAUUGGCUGGACCCACGGUUAUCCAAAUUCCAGAAGAAAUCCCUUGAGGACUGCCAGGAUGACGAGCUGCCCUAUGGUUGGGAGAAGAUCUGUGAUCCACACUACGGCACCUACUACAUCGAUCACGUCAAUCGUAAGACGCAGUACGAGAAUCCGGUUCUGCAGGCAAAGCGUAUGACCGAACGCAGCUCGGCAAUGUCCGGUGGAGGGCAUAGUUCCAAUGGCAUGAAUGGAAGUAUUGGAGGUGGGGUUGGUGGCGUUGGGGGUGGUCAUGAUGAAGUUGGGAACGGACUAGGAGGACGAGUGAAUCACUUCACGAAAAAUCCGGCCAAUCUGAGAGGAGAUCGGUUGAUGACGACAUUGGUGAAAUCGACUCGAGGGUUGGGAUUCACGAUAGUGGGUGGAGAUGAUAACGUAGAGGAGUUUUUGCAGAUCAAGUCGAUAGUGCCGAAUGGUCCCGCUUGGAUCGACGGGAAGCUCAAAACGGGUGAUGUGUUGGUGUAUGUGAACGACAUUUGCGUGCUGGGGUUCACGCAUCACGAAAUGGUGAACAUAUUUCAGUCGAUCCUUCCUGGGGAAGAAGUACACUUGGACGUUUGUCGAGGAUAUCCCUUGCCAUUUGACCCGAACGAUCCAAACACGGAAGUCGUUACGACAAUCGCCGUUGACGGGUUGAAUAAUGGAGCCAUGACCGAGUCGGAUCUGAAGUUUUUGGAAACGGGUGGGUUCAUGGACUCGGGAGAUGUCCAGCACAAGAAUCCACUGGCGAAGAUCCAGUCCGGAAGUGCCACGGCGAAUGGAGGUGACGUGUAUUUCAGUGAUACGCAUCCAUAUCAACAGCACUACAAAAGUAAGGAGAAUCCUUUUGAAAUUCCAGAGAUUUUGCACAUCAACAUAGUGAAAAGUGAUAACGGGUUCGGGUUCACGAUAACCGAUAGUUCGUAUGGGCAAAAAGUGAAAAAGAUAUUGGAUCGGCAAUGCUGUAAGAAUUUGCAAGAAGGGGAUGUGUUGUUGAGUAUCAAUUCUAUUCCGGUGAAAGACAUGUCUCAUAAUGAAGUAGUGCAAGUAUUGAAAGAUUGUCCGAAGAACAUCGAAACGACGCUGAAAGUGCAGAGAGGGCCUUCGGCACUGUUGGUCGGAAGCAGUAAAAUGACAAACAAACUUCGAAAGAGUAUUGAAAUGGCCAAGUUCGGCGGAGGAUUGCUGAAGAAAGACGGUUAUGGGAUUGGCGGCAAUAGUUUGUUCAGGAGUAAAACUCCAACCGCAGAUCUCUACAGUACGCAGGCUAAGGAAAUUCUUCCAACGAGGCCAAAAACUCCGCUGGUUGACACCCGAGCCAGAGCCAAAACUCCUUCGUUGCCAUUGUCCGACCUAAACACGGAUGAAAUCGAGUUGGAUGUCAAUAAAAACACCGGGGACCAUAAGAUGGAUCUCAACUUAAAUCUUAAAUCUAAUAGUAGUUCCCACGACAACGAUUCCAUCGCGAAUGAUAUCGGUUCGUUUCACAAUGAAGAUCAGUUUCAUUCCGGAAAGCAUUCUUCAAACCUUGCGGACAGGCUUGGUGAGCUAACCAUAAGCAGUUCCAACAAUAGCACCACGGACACCAUUUACCACAACCAUCAGUCUCAGUAUGGUUCGUCGGGAAGUCAGCUCCAGCAUCAGCCAAACUAUAACGGCCAUGGGUACAACCACAUGUACUCGCCCCCUAUCGUUCCUCCUCCUCCAGUGCCACCGCUGUCUGCUAAUCACAUCGGAUACGCCCCGAAUCCUUUGCCACUGCAGCCCACGUACCAUCACGAAAGUUGCUUCUGCUACGACUGUCAGGAUUACCAGAGGCAGCAGCAGCAACUUUUGCACCAACAGCAGCAGCAGAUGUAUCAACAGCAAACCCUGAAUCGUUCCUACGGGAACAAUCCAAGCCAUUUGCAGCAGCAACAGCAACACCCGUACCAAUUGCCACCCCAAAUGAGCGACAACAUCGGCAAGCGACUAAACGAAUAUCUGAUGGAUCGGAAGCGAUCGCUGCACCAACAGCAGCACCAGCAACAGCCUCAGUACGACAACCUGUACCACCACCACAAAGCUCCAGUGCCACUUCCGCCUCAACACCAGCAGCCACAGCAACAGGCCGGAUCCCAAUUCGACCAGCACUUUUAUCCAACGCAACCGGCCAGCUGGCGAUCGGGCGCCGGUGGUCAGCAUUCGCCGCAACUCUACGGUGGAGGUGCGCCAUACAUGGCCCCGGUGCCAAUGGAGGAAUACUCGCUGACGGAGGUGACGCUGGAACGGCAGGCCCUUGGGUUUGGGUUUCGAAUCGUCGGUGGAACCGAGGAGGGUUCCCAGGUAACGGUGGGGCACAUCGUACCGGGCGGAGCUGCGGAUAAGGACACGCGAAUCGCUUCCGGUGACGAGAUCCUCAACAUUAAUGGGGUUAAUGUGGAAAACGCCUCCCACCACCGGGUAGUCCAGCUGAUGGGCGAAGCGGGUCUUCGCGGUCAGGUAACGAUGAUCCUCCGGCGGCGGAAGCUAUCCAAACCUCCGCCACCGCCGCCCAACCCGCGCUACCCGUACAAUGUGCUCGUGUCCCGCAGCGAAAACGAGGGCUUCGGAUUCGUCAUAAUUUCCUCCUCCGGUCAGUACCACGGUUCCUCGAUAGGGGAUCUCAUUCCGGGCAGUCCGGCGGAACGGUGCGGGGAGCUCAAGAUCGGCGACCGAAUCGUAGCGGUCAAUUCGAUCGACAUCACCGGCAUGAGCCACGGCGACGUGGUGAACCUGAUCAAGGAAUCGGGCCUGCAAGUACAACUUACGAUCGGGUGUCCCCGGCCGGACGGAGCGGGGCCCCCGCUGAUUCAGACGGCCACGGCGGCAGCCGCAUCCCUGGCGGCGUCCAAUGCGUCCAACGCCAGCGGCAACGAAAUGUACGUCAGCAGUAGCAACGGGAGCAACUCCGGCGGACUGGGUGGUCCCAUGGCCAACCGGUACCCGGCGAUGAUAUCCUGAUUGAGAACGAAGAAGGUCCUCCUCAGGCGAUCGUCCCAGUCGAUCGAGGAGGAACUGGAGGAAGAUUGAAGGAGCCUUCGGAACCAGCAACCAAAGCAUUUGUUUUUAAGUUUUUUUUUUUCUUUGUAUCAUAAGGAGAAUUAUGGGUAAGUAUUUAGCAGCAUUGUGGGAAAGUGUAGAAGGCACUGAACCCGGUCCGUUUGGACGCGGCGGCGUGCGAGAGAGAGCCUGUUUUAAUUAGCAGUUGUAAGUCCAUUCAUAGACCGGACGGUUAGCAGUGUUGUUUACACGUUGUCUUAGCUAUAUUUUAGUUGUUUUAGUAGGGGUGCACCGACGAUAUGAGGGAUCACGGUUAGUCUACUGGAGACGCUGCAACGCAAGCGGUGCAGUCGCGCGGGUAGAGGUAGAGUGUGAAUGAAGAAACGCAGCGCAGCAGAAACAAAGUGGCAAUAGAGAAACUCGUACUAUAGCGUUUGUUAGGAGAGCAGGACGGUCGGUGCCUACAUGUGGUUUUCAGCUUGUUUGGUGGUCUUUCCACCAACUAAAGCG